AUUGAGGAAGGAAAAGGCGAGAGUUUUCCUGCAAGCAAUGGCUUCUCCAACAUACGCCUCCACAGCUCAGAUCCUUCUCUCCCUAUAAAUUCCCCUUUCGCAUUGCCUUCCUCCUCAGCAAAGAUGGCUCCUUUCUUCCUCUUCUUGGCCCUCUUCGCCGCAUCGGCGAACCUCCCUUCCUUCGCCCUCGCCGAUGCCUCUUUGGCGAUGCCUCAACAGCUCGAUUUGCCCUCGCACGCGACCUUCCCUGGGCCGCAGGCCGAGAGGCUUAUCCGCGCGUUCAACCUCCUCCCGAAAGAGAGUUCCUCCCUCGGAGGUCGUCAUCCUGGCGGCCUCGAGCUCGCCCACGGGAGACUCGUGGAGAAGCGGUUCAGCCUGCCGGGAUUGUCUUCUGAGGAUCCGUCCGUCGACGUGCUCGGCCACCACGCUGGCUACUACGCUCUCCCGCAUUCCCACGCCGCCAGGAUGUUCUACUUGUUCUUUGAAUCGAGGCAUCACAAGGACGAUCCGGUUGUUAUCUGGUUGACUGGAGGGCCUGGUUGCAGCAGUGAGUUGGCCAUUUUCUACGAGAAUGGUCCAUUUAGUGUUGCCAAAAACAUGUCCCUUGUAUGGAAUGACUUUGGGUGGGAUAAGGUAUCCAACCUUUUAUAUGUCGAUCAACCAACUGGAACCGGUUUCAGCUAUACCACAGACAAACGUGACAUUCGACAUGAUGAGGCUGGAGUCAGCAAUGACCUAUAUGAUUUUCUUCAGGUUUUCUUUAAGGAGCACCCUGAAUAUGUGAACAAUGACUUCUAUAUAACUGGAGAAUCAUAUGCUGGACACUAUAUCCCUGCACUUGCAAGCAGAAUUCACCGUGGAAACAAAGCCUGUGAAGGCAUUCGCAUUAACUUGAAGGGCUUUGCUAUAGGCAAUGGGCUUACUGACCCUGAAAUACAAUACAAAGCAUACACGGAUUAUGCAUUAGAUAAUGGUUUAAUACAAAAAUCGGACUAUGAUCGGAUCAACAAGAUCUAUCCUGCAUGCCAACUAGCAAUUAAACUUUGCGGUACAUCUGGGACAACUUCCUGCUUAGCUUCAUAUGUAGUUUGCAAUUCUAUAUUCAACUCAAUCAUGAAGAUUAUCGGACAAGUCAAUUAUUACGACAUUAGGAAGCAAUGUGAAGGAAGUCUAUGUUAUGAUUUCUCUAACAUGGAGAAGUUCCUUAAUGAGAAGUCCGUUAGAGAUGCUCUCGGAGUUGGAGACAUAGAAUUUGUCUCAUGUAGUACCACUGUGUAUCAAGCCAUGAUGGUGGACUGGAUGAGGAAUUUGGAAGUAGGUAUUCCUGCCCUUCUAGAGGAUGGCAUUAAGUUGCUUGUGUACGCCGGUGAAUAUGAUUUAAUCUGCAAUUGGCUCGGAAAUUCAAGAUGGGUUCAUAACAUGGAAUGGUCUGGCCGUCAAGAGUUUGUGUCUUCACCCGAGGUGCCAUUUUUGUUGGAUGGUGCUGAAUCUGGCAUUCUGAAAACCCAUGGACCUCUGAGCUUCCUCAAGGUUCAUGAUGCAGGGCAUAUGGUUCCAAUGGACCAGCCAAAGGCUGCAUUGGAGAUGUUGAGGAGGUGGACUCAUGGACAACUUGUCGAUUCUCCUGAUUCAAGUCUGCAUGGAGCAAUGUAAUGAUCCUACAUAUGCUUUGAUUAACCAUAAUAACGGGUGAUUGUACAAAUUUCAUAUGUUUUCAUCUUUUCUUCAAAACUGUAAAUUCUGUUGUAUGAGCUGAAACAUUGAUUGGUAUAUUCCACAUUUGGGGUGUUUGAGAUAAAAAAAAAUG